AUGCGCAUUCCACAGUGGCUGUUGCAAAAGCUUUAUGUAGAUGAAAUUCAACCGAAAAAAAUACCGCCAAAAUUGCCAGAGCUGAAUUAUGCGGACAAAACGCUAAAAGAAACAUUGUCUUGUGGUGUUGGCUUCUUGCAUGAAGGAAUAAUUGGCAAAGAUAUGGCUGUUGUUGAACAGCUAUUUCAAAGUGGUGCCAUUCAAGUAUGCAUUGUUCCACGCACAAUGUGUUAUCAAAUCUCGAUGAAUGCAUACGUCGUGAUAAUUAUGGACACGCAUAGGAUUCGUGACGAUUUUGAAUAUAUUUUUGAGUUUUCAGCAAAAUGUGUCCUAAUGUGCCAAUCAUCGAAAAAAGACUUCUUCAAGAAAUUCCUUUACGAGCCGCUUCCUGUUGAGUCUCAUCUGGAUCACUGUCUCCACGAUCAUUUCAACGCAGAAAUUGUUACCAGAACUAUCGAGAACAAGCAGGAUGCCAUUGAUUACUUGACAUGGACGUUGUUGUAUCGGCGAAUGACACAGAAUCCGAAUUACUACAAUCUGCAAGGUGUUACACACCGCCACUUAUCGGACAGUCUUUCGGAAUUAGUGGAAAAUACGCUGAAAGAUUUGGAAAAUUCAAAAUGUAUUACAAUCAGGAACGAUAUGGAUACACAGCCAUUGAAUCUUGGGAUGAUCGCUGCUUAUUAUUACAUCAGUUACACCACAAUCGAAGUAUUCAGUAUGUCAUUGAGUGCGAAAACGAAGCUACGUGCUUUGAUCGAAAUUAUCAGUAAUGCAAGCGAAUUUUCCACCAUGCCAAUACGUUACAAGGAAGAUAUAUUGCUAAAGCAGCUAGCCGACCGAUUGCCCGGUCAGCAGAAACAUCAAAAAUUCACGGAUCCGCAUGUCAAAGUUAAUUUGCUAAUGCAUGCCCAUUUGUCCCGGAUACAGCUUUCGGCAGAGUUGAAUAAGGACACAGAAGUGGUGGUGCUGCGAGCCAUUCGUUUGGUACAAGCUUGUGUUGAUGUGUUAAGCAGUAAUGGUUGGUUGAUGCCGGCAAUUCAUGCAAUGGAAUUAUCACAGAUGCUAACACAAGCCACCUUCACCAGUGAAUCCUAUUUGAAGCAACUCCCGCACUGUACCUCCGGACUACUGGAGCGAUGCAAAGAAAAGAAAGUAACGUCAAUUUUUGAUCUGUUGGAUUUGGAAGAUGAUGUGCGGCAAGCGAUUUUACAAAUGACUCCAGCGCAAAUGUCGGACGUAGCACGAUUCUGUAAUCACUAUCCAAGCAUUGAAGUUGAACACAAAAUUGAGAAUGACGGGACAAUCACCGUUGGUGAUACAGUAUGCGUAGCAGUGGACAUGGAACGCGAAAAUGAUUUGAAUGGAAUGGCACCACCUGUUGUAGCACCACUUUUCCCGCAAAAACGAAAAGAAGAGGGAUGGUGGUUGGUAAUCGGUGACCAUUCGACAAAUACGCUUUUUUCUAUAAAAAGGUUUGAUCGGAUUUUUUUUUUUUGCCUCAAAAAUGAGUGA